AUUUAUGGAAUUUUACAAUAUAAAAUUAAUUUGUUUUCAUAUUUAAGCAAGUUUUCUAUUAUCUCAUAAUAAGCCGCUCAUUGAAAUUUAGCCGGUGUAGAACUUUGCUCAACGUUCGAGGUAUAUGCUUCGCCUCAGAUAUUUUCGUGUUUUUUACGCGCCUAAAAAAUUCGAGUCGCUGCUACUUCAAACCAGAUUCGUUGACAUCAACCGGAGCUAUACCUUAAAUUUUUUGCACAAUAAACAAAUCGGCCAUACACAAACUGUAAAGAAGUCCUAGCAAAAAGUUAAAAAAAAAAAAUGUCUAAAAAACUAAACACCAGCUUGGGUAGCUCUGUUGCCUCUCCCAAAAACAGCUUAUUCAAUUAUUUCUCUCGGUCGCCGGCGACUCUAGAGAAAAAGAAAAUUCCUGUGACACCAACAGCUGGAGGCGAGGAAAAACAACAGAAAGACGAGAAAAAUGUAAUGGAAAAAGAAAAUCUUCAAAAUAAAACGAAUAAAGAGGAAAACUCGGCCAAGAAGCAGAAGAUCAAGAAAUCAAAAAUCAUUGAUUCUGAUGAAGAAGAGGAAAUAGCCACCACCUCAAAGAAAAGAAGAAGAUUGGUAUUGCAAGAUUCUGAGGAGGAAGAGGAGGAAAAAACGAAAAAAUCUAAAGGAAAAGCUAAAGAUGAUAGUGACUACGAACCCGAUAAAGAUGAAGAAAUGCCCUCGGAGAAUGAAGAAGAAAAAGAGGAUUCGGAGGUAGAAUCAUCUCCGGAAAUGAAGAAAAAUCAUAACAAUAACAAUGAACCCAAAUCAAAGAAAACAAAAUUGGAUGCCACUCUAACAGCGGGUAGUUUUAUGGAUAAAUUAGAACAACUAAAAGCUGGUAGUGAGGGAAAAACUUCAAAAAAGCAAGAAGCCAAAUGUGAAGAAAUUAUUACCUCCAAUUUAGACGAGCCGGUGGUGUGGCCUCAUCAGAAAUUGGAAUUUUUAAAACCUGACAAAAUCAAAGACAAACAAGGACGUAGACCGGAUCAUCCAGACUAUGAUCCCUCCACACUGUAUGUGCCACCCAAGUUUUUGGAUACUUUAUCACCGGGAGUACGUCAGUGGUGGGUUUUAAAAUCGGAAAGUUUUGAUUGUGUUCUCUUCUUUAAAGUGGGCAAAUUCUAUGAACUUUAUCACAUGGACGCUGAUGUAGGAGUAAAUGAACUGGGUUUUACAUAUAUGCGCGGUGAAUUUGCUCAUUCUGGCUUUCCGGAAAUAUCUUUUGAUAAAAUGGCCUCGGUGUUGGUGGAGAGAGGCUAUAAAGUGGCGCGUGUUGAGCAGACAGAAACUCCUGACAUGAUGACUGAAAGAUGUAAACGUAUUAAACCCACCAAGUUUGAUAAGGUGGUGCGCAGAGAAAUUUGCCAAAUUACUUCCCGGGGUACACAAGUCUUUGGCAGUCAGUGCCAAAUUACACCCAAUCAUCAACCCAACUAUAUGUUGGCCAUAGUAGAACAGCAAUCCGCGCAGUCAGGUGGCUGCAGCAAUUAUGGCAUUUGUUUUAUAGACACUUCUAUAGGUGAUUGUUAUUUGGGAGAAUUUGAGGAUGAUACAAAUUGUUCCCGUUUACAUACCCUACUCUCCCAUAAUAUGCCUGUCUUAGUGGUAUUGGAAAAAGCCAAUAUUCAAGAAAAGACUCAAGAUAUAAUGCGUACUGUUUUAAGUGGUGUUUUAAAGGAGUAUAUGCCCAAUGUCGGUUCCAUGCAGAGUACAGCUGAGAAGACCUUAAAAGAAUUGGCCGAAAAAUAUUAUGCUGGUGGCGAUAAUUGGCCUUUGGUUUUAAGAACCAUGCAGUCGGAGACUGAUCACUUAGGCUUAACUCCUCAUGCUAAUGCCAGGCUGGCUUUGAAAGCCUUAGGUUUAUGCCUGAACUAUAUGAAAAAAUGUCAUGUAGCGGAAAAAGUUUUACCAAUGGCACGUUAUCAUCUCUACCAGCCACCCGAUACUUUAGCCUUGGAUAAAAUUCCCUCAAAAAUCUCCUCUAAACAAAGAGCUCAUAUGGUUUUAGACGCUACCACUUUAAUGAAUUUACGUAUUACCGGUGAGGAACACUCGCUGCAGUCAACAUUGGAUCAAUGCUGCACCAAGUUUGGUAAACGUUUGCUGCAUCAUUGGUUGUGUGCUCCUUCGUGUGUUUUGAGCGCUAUUGUCGAGCGUCAAGAAGCUAUUACAGAUUUUCUCAAUAAUCCAUCAUUGCUGCAAGAGGCUAGAGCUUUAUUGGCUCCUUUGCCAGAUUUCGAAAGACAUUUGGCACAAAUUCAUCAUUUUGGCAGUAAAAUUGUGCAGGAAAAUCAUCCCGAUGGUCGGGCUAUAUUUUUUGAGGAGAAACAGUAUAAUAAAAAGAAAAUGCAGAAUUUCAUUUCCAUACUCAAGGGAUUUGAGUCUCUAUUACAAAUUCCUACUAUUUUUCAAGAGGCAGACUCAAAAUUACUUAAACGUUUGACACAAUACAAAAAUAACGAUGGCAUAUUUCCAGACCUCACCGAUGAACUUAAGUUCUUUAAGCAAGCUUUUGAUCAUACAAAAGCAGCCGAAACUGGUGUUAUUGCACCCGAAAGUGGUGUAGAUGAAGAUUAUGACAGAGCCGAAGCGAAAAUCAAAGAAAUCAAUAAAAAGCUUCAAGAAUAUUUAGUUGAACAAGAAAAAAUAUUCGGUUGUCGUAUCAACUACUUCGGCUCGGAUAAAAAACGUUUUCAAUUGGAAAUACCUGAAGCACGUUGUCGUAAAGUGGAUAGCAGCUAUUCUCUGGAGGGCCAAAAGAAAGGAGUAGCACGCCGUUACACUACAGAAGAAACCAGGAGUUUUCUUAAACAAAUGCAAGCGGCUGAAGAUGAACGUAAUACGGUUUUAAAAGAUUUAUCUAGACGUAUAUUUGAGAAAUUCUCCCAACACUAUGAUUUAUGGAAACAAUGUGUUGAUUGUGUGGCUCAUAUAGAUGUUUUAGCCUCUUUGGCAGAAUAUGCUAGGACACAACAAGUUAUCUGUAUACCUCAACUAGAAGAUGUGGUCGCUGGCAAACAGGCAUUUAUAGAAAUUGAAGAAGGUUAUCAUCCUUGUGUUUCAGCCGAUACCUAUAUACCCAAUGGUGUAGUUUUAGGCUGUAAUGGUACAGCUCCUCUUUCUAUAUUAACUGGUCCCAAUAUGGGUGGUAAAAGUACACUUAUGCGUCAGGUGGGUUUGCUAGCGGUAAUGGCUCAAAUUGGUGCUCAUGUACCGGCUCAGUCGUGUCGUCUGUCGCUGGUAGAUCGUAUAUUUACCAGACUAGGAGCUCAGGAUGAUAUUCUAUCGGGUCAUUCAACUUUCUUGGUGGAAUUAAAUGAAACAUCUUUAAUAUUAAAACAUGCCACAGCAAAUAGUUUGGUAUUGUUAGAUGAAUUGGGACGUGGUACUGCUACCUAUGAUGGCACUGCUAUAGCCGCCUCUGUUGUCAACUUUUUGGCCGAUCUUAAAUGUAGAUCUUUGUUCUCUACUCAUUAUCAUAAUCUUAUAGAUUUCUUUCAUAAAGAUGAACGUAUUACAUUGGGUCAUAUGGCCUGCAUGGUGGAAAAUGAAGAUUGUGAUGAUCCUACUCAAGAAACGGUUACUUUCCUAUAUAAAUAUUCUGCUGGAGCAUGCCCCAAAUCGUAUGGUUUCAAUGCUGCCAAAUUGGCAGGAAUGCCACAUAAUAUAAUCAAAAGAGCGUAUACGGUAAGUGGAUUAUUUAAAAUAGAAAUUUUACACCUAAACGUUCAGUCUAUAGUCUAG